AUGGCGCAAUUGCAGCAGCAGAAGCUCCUUCAUCUUCAUCAUCAUCAUCUCAAUCUUAAUCUUGAUUUCAACUUUGACAAAUCGCCGAAAACAGCAAUUCUCCCUCAACGAUUUCACUACUCAUCCGAAUCGACUCCGACCCCAAACCCUAACACGAAGCAUCAGGAGAUCGAAGGUCCAACAGUGGAAAAGGAUGAAUCGCCUCUCGCAAACGAAAGCAGGGAAGUGACACAAUCUCUACUCAAAACCAUGUACAAUGUUACCGGAAUUCUUGCUUUAUUAGGUCUGGCUCAUUUAGGCAUUGGCACAUACUAUUGCUACUGUUAUACCAAUGCUGCUGCUUCUGGUGCUACUACUACGGCUAAUUCUUCAGCUCAAUUGUUUGUAAUGAGUGCUUUGGCUUUCGGGUUUCCGUUUUCGAUGGCCUUUAUGUUAAGGCAAUCGCUGAAAUCCAUGCAUUUCUUUCAGAAGAUGGAGCAAAUUGGGCGUCUUCAGUUGUUGACUAGUACUAUGCAAAUUUCCAAGCAACUUCGUCUCUUCUUUAUUCGCCUUCGUGCUAUUUCUUACUUGUGUCUUGCUGGUUUGUGCUCCUCUUUUAUCUAUUCGCUUUUCUAUAAUCUUUGA